GUGGAAGAAAGAGAGAGAGCUUUGUUGAAGACGGCGGAGAUGAUGUCAUGUGGUGUGAAGAAACAAGUGUCGAAGAAAACAACGCCGUGUUGCACGAAGAUGGGGAUGAAGAGAGGACCAUGGACGGUGGAGGAGGACGAGAUUCUUGUGAGCUUCAUAAAGAAAGAAGGUGAAGGACGGUGGCGAUCGCUUCCCAAGAGAGCUGGUUUACUCCGAUGUGGAAAGAGCUGCCGUCUUCGGUGGUCAUUGAUCGCGGGAAGGAUACCGGGAAGGACUGAUAAUGAAAUUAAGAACUAUUGGAACACUCAUCUUCGUAAGAAACUUUUAAGGCAAGGAAUUGAUCCUCAAACCCACAAGCCUCUUGAUGCAAACAACGUCCUCAAACAAGAGGAAGAAGUUUCCGGUGGACAAAACCCUCUAGAGCCUAUUUCUAGUUCUCAUACCGAUGAUACCACCAUUAAUAGCGGGGAUGGAGAUAGCAAGAACAGUAUCAAUGUCUUUGGUGGUGAAAACGGCUACGAAGACUUUGGUUUCUGCUACGACGACAAGUUCUCAUCGUUUCUUAAUUCGCUUAUCAACGAUGAUGGUGAUCCUUUUGGUAACAUUAUCCCAAUAUCUCAACCGUUGCAGAUGGAUGACUGUAAGGAUGAGAUUGUUGGAGCGUCGUCAUCUAGCUUAGGACAUGACCUGCAGAGACAAGAAGAUAUAUAGUUGAUCGAAUCUUGAUGUCUAUCAUGCUUCGAGAAGGGGUCACACAUGCGAUCUAGAAGGUUGGUAUAUAUGUGUACUAAGUUGUUUUGUGGUGAUUUGUAUGAUUAUAAAACCAUAUCUGUGAG